AUGCGGUUUCGUGCGACGAUUGAGAAUGUAGACACCUUCGCAAAAAUCGUGCAGUCAGUGGAGAAGCUGCAGAAGAAAUGUACGAUCAAGUUCGCCGAGCACGAGAUGCGCAUCAUCUGUGCAGGCGACGUCAACGAGGGCGGCAUCCAGGUCUGGUCGUAUAUCAAAGUCUCAUCGCUCUUCACCGAGUACCGCAUACAGUCCAACAAUAAUAACGAGAUCACCAUCUCCCUCUCCGCCGAGGCCCUUCUUGCAGCCCUCCGUUCCGCGGCUGGACCGUCCACGGCGCAAAACUCAUCGAACACAGUUGCAUCCGAGUCAGAAGUAACCAUGAAGCUUGCAAAGAAGGGGGACAAGUCUGUGCUCAGCUUCGAUAUCACAGGAAGCACACCCAUGGGCCGCAGCAUCACCGUCGUCCAGCACGUCACCGUCGAGGUCGUGCGCCACGCCGACGUCGAGCGCCUCAAGGAACCCAUGUGUCCCGAGCCGGAUGUGCAUAUCUUGCUGCCGCCGCUGGCGAAGCUGCGCAUGGUAGUCGACCGUCUACGCCCGCUCUCCACAGACGGCGUCACUUUCCGCGCGAACCACUCUGGCGAGCUCCAGCUGGCUGCCACCACCGACAACGCCCGCGUCGAGGUCGGUUGGGGCGGGCUCAACAAUCCUGGGUGGAGUGCCCAGGGCGGGGACGCGGACGGCUCGAACGCGAAAGACCCAGCGGAGAUGCACGGUGUGCUCGUGUCCCACAGGUGCCUCAACAAGUUUCUCAACUCGCACGUUGUGUCAACCACCACAAUUGCAUGUAUAUGCGAGAACCACUGCGUCAUCUUAUACGUGUACAUCGGGAAUGUGGCAGACGCGGGCGGUGUGCUCACGUACUACAUCCCGGCCAAAUUCGAUGAUGCGAUGUAG